UUUAACCAACAUCCAGUUGCAUCCGUGUUUUCUUCAAAUUUAAUUUCAGCAUUCGUAGAGCGUAGAUUAAUCUGACGAAAUUGAACCUUAAAUAUGCCAUUAACCGCGGAGCAAGCAAUGCUCCAAGUGCAGGAGCGUCUACGGUCCCUCAAAUCGCUGAUAGUUGAAAUCGAAAACGAACGGAAGCGGAACGAGCCAAACAUCGUAACAACUAUUCGAUUGGCCAAGAUGUCGAGCGAAGAGAAGUCGCCAGCUGUGACCCACAAGUUGAAAACGCUUCACAAAAUUGGCAUUCAGGAUGCAAUCCAAGAGGAAAAUUUAAUCCGCCAAGCUCUAGCUAAGAUUCAAGACAUUCGAAACAUACGCAACGAACGUAGAAUCCAAGCGAGAAACGCCGGUAACAAGGAAACCAUCAGAAGAGGAGCGUUGAUGAAGAUGCUGCAAAUUUCAGCGCAAACAUUACCGCUGUUUGUAAGUAAACCUGGAGAAAAGAUUCCGCCUUUAUGUGGAAGCAUAACAGCAGAUAAUAGUUAUGUUGCCAAACCGGGAGACAUGGUAGCAGCUUUGGUAAAAGGUUUGGAAGACGAAGAGAAUUGGAUUUUGGCCGAAGUAGUCCAAUACAUUUCUUCAGCAAACAAAUAUGAGGUGGAUGAUAUAGACGAAGAACAAAAAGAUCGACAUAUUCUAAGCAAACGUCGUAUCGUUCCACUACCGUUGAUGAGAGCCAAUCCUGAAACUGAUGGGCAAGCACUAUUUCCAAAGGGUACGACAGUUAUGGCGCUAUAUCCUCAAACUACCUGCUUCUAUAAGGCAGUCAUAAAUCAACUUCCUCAAACGGCUAACGAAGAGUACGAAGUAUUGUUUGAAGAUCCUACUUAUGCAGACGGUUACUCGCCGCCGUUGUUUGUCGCUCAGCGUUAUGUUAUUGCCAUCAAGCAGAACAAAAAGGUCGGAGGUAGCUCCUGACAGUCCUCUCAGCAAACAACGGUCUCCACUACGAAUUCGUUUGGAUCUGGGGCAGGAACAUCAACCGCCUCAUCGGGCAGUGUGGCCAAUUUAGCAGGUUCUGCCGGGGGAAAUAUUUCUGUAUCGUCGGGAAAUUUGAUGCAGUCAAAGGAGGAAAAUUUAAUGGAUGCAUUUAUGCUGGAUGAUCAGUUCUAAAAUGUUCUCAAACCGUUUUGUCUCUAAUAGUAAAGUGGUCAACUACCUAGUAAUCUUGUCUCAAAUGUCUACAUUAAAAUAUACGUAAUUAACU